GUCAAGACCAGUGACGAUCUCCAGGCGGUCGUAAUCGUAAAAGAACCUCGGUCCUCUAUCAUAGUAUGGCGUACGAUGAUGACGACGGUAUCUAUGAUUCAGACGCGUACUCUGAAGACGAGUCUGAUUGGGAGGAGCCCAUGUCGGAGGACGAUUACGCGCCCACAGGUAGUAGCUCGAGAAAGCGUAGAACUAAUACGAAAGGCAAAGCCAAGGCACCCGCUGUCUCUAGGAAGAAGCAGAAAAAGGAGGUCGUCAUUCCCGUCGUCGCGAAGGUCACGGUGUUGGCUACCGAUGCACUUGAGACGGCGGAAGCAACGCAGGGAGAGCUCGCGAGAGAGAGAUUAGAGAAGGCCGACAAAGCGAUAGUUGAACGCAUCAAGAAAGCUCUGGCGCUUGCAAACCAUGAAGGAACGGGAGAGGCCGAAGCUAGAGCAGCUCUUCGCAUGGCAACAAAGUAUAUGCAGAUGCAUAAUAUUUCUCAAGCAGAUGUUCUGGCGGCAGAAAGCGAUGCCCAGAAACUCAAACGCGCUGGACAAUCUGUGGUCACCAUUACGAGCAACCCCGACCUACCUUCCAAAAGCGUCCUCUUCUCGUCGUGGACAGCACACUUGGCGUACGCGAUGACAAUCUUCUUUGACUGCAAAUACUACAGUACUACAUGGGGCGAUAAAUCGCGCAUAACCUGGACAUUCUACGGGCUCGCAGAGCAAACCGUCGCAGCUGCCACUGCAUUCGAGAUGUGCCACAACUUGAUUCUUACCUGGAGCGCUCAGAACACAGAGGCCAAGGGUCGCAAUGGCAAGAAUAACUACUGUCAUGGCGUAGCUGACGGCUUGAUGAGCAUGGCUCGCCGCGAACGCAAGGAAGAAGAACAAAAAGCUAUUGCUGCUGAGGUCGAGCGCCUAGCGAGUGCGAAGCGCGAAGAGGCUGAAACUAGAAAGACCGAAUUGACACGUCUUGAAGGUCCCAAUCUCCCCGACCACGAAGACUCCAAAGUCAAACCGGAGCCAGAAGAUAUCAAGCCGAUUCUUCGGGACAAAGAGAUGGAGGAGGAGGAGGAGGAGGAGGAGGACGUCAAAGGUGACAAACCUGGCGUCAAGGUAGAGGAAGUCCCGGACGAGGACGAACCACAUAGGCCCACAUCAACGAGGCCAUUGCCCGACUUCUCCACCCGCUUAUUCGACGAAGAACGUUUCAACUUCUCAAACGGCGCGGGCAUGGAAUCAGACGACGAUUCUGAAAACGAUGUCGGUAAUGGAUUCGGAGAGGGUUAUUCACACGAGCGCGAUGCCGAUUUCGUAGAGGGCGAUGACGUCGACGACUUGCUCGACCUCGAGAGCGCAGAGCCAAAAGUGAAAGUCAAGCCGGAACCCAUUGACGACGAGGUGAUCAAGCCACAACUUUCUUCGUCUGAGGACGAUAGGAAAGAACCGACGCCCGUGAAGCCAGAGCCAGUCGAACCUGAAGCGUCGUGGCAAAGCGAAGGCCAGCUCAUCCAGUUUCGAAACGAUGCUGGCCGGAUUGCGGAUCAGUUCCUUGAGUCGCAAAAAGACAAACACGGGAAACCAAUGAAGUUGAAGACUGGAAGACCUACAGCUGGGGUCAAUAUCAAGGAUGCGGCUGGAUAUAAAGCCUAUAGGAAAGGAAAGGAAGAUGCGAAGAACAUAGAUGUAAAGCGGAAGCGUAUCAAGGACAGUAAUGAAGAUAACUAAUCAUCUCAUCCCCCUCAUCACAUCUUGUUUUCAUCUUGCGCAGGGCAUUUAACAUCAUCCAUCUUGCGCCACUCAUCUUGCCACCACAGUCGCUAUUUUAUAUUCCUUUAUUGGCGGAGAUCUUAUUUACUCUUAUGAGCCUCUUGUUUACUCUUAUAAUCGUCUCAGGUUUCCUUACGACCUCAACGCCCCGGUUCCGCCAUAAUUCCUCC